UCGUGAAACAGCUGUGGGUCAUACAGAUCGAUUGUAUAAAAUAUAUUUCAAAGGAUAAUCCAAAAAUAUAUGUAUGUAUGUUUAAAUAAGCUUAAGUAACAUCCGCAACUUUGUUAUAUAUAUAUACACACAUGCAUACAUAUGUGCAUAAAGCAAGGCACUAGUGUCCCGAGUAUGCGCUGGAAGAAUUGAUGAGCCACGAAGACGUGGUCGAGGAAAAGUGGAUUUUCUCGACGAAGGAAUAAGGAAGGUAACAAUUUGAAUGGUUACUCAGGGUGCUGUAAACUUAUCGGAUAAUGUUUGAAUGGGCUUAUAGUGGUGUAAACAGUUCGAUCCCACGCAAUGUUGGACCGGACUGUGCUUAUUACUUGUCACCAAGUCGAAAAAUCCUGGAAACUAUCUUUGUGACGAUAUUUAUUGUCGUUACUGGUAAAUGGGCUCUCCAGCGCAUCAGCAUACCAAAAUCUGUUCAGAUCGAUCAUGAUCGAGUUGGGAGAAGAUUUUUACUGAUCUUUAUGUCGCUAAUAUUUGGGAUGGAAAUUGGUUUCAAGUUUACCAGCAGGACUGUGAUUUAUUUAUUAAAUCCUUGCCAUGUUAUUACUGCGGUGCAAUUGUAUCUGCUUAGUGCUAAACCAAGCAGGUUUGUCACUGCUCUGUUUAGAAUACAUUUAAAUUUUAUGAAUGGACCUGCACUUGCUUACAUGUUUCCUGAAAUAGAAUCUCGACAGAUUUUUGCAGACAAAUCUAUGUAUUAUAUCCAACAUGGAUUGAUGGUUGUUAUACCAUAUUAUUUAUUUAGACUUGGAGGUGUCUAUAAUGUUGAGCCUCUGCGGGAUCUAAGCUGGUGUGUUCUCAGCUAUGGAAUUAAUCUUGCUUAUCAUUUCCUGGUACUCCAAGCCUUUGCUUUGCCCGUACAAGUCAAUCUUAGUCACAUGCUGUGUCCAGCAGUCCUAGAUCCCUUUGAGGGUCCAAAUUAUCGUUUAUGGGCUUUCCUGCACCAGGCUUUUCUCUGCCCUUUCCUGUGCAAACUCUUGUCUUAUUCCGCUGAUUUUUUUAUCACAAAAUUUCCUCUGACACGAGUAAAAUCGUCGUUGGAACUUCCAAUUCCACGAGAAAUCAUAAAAAAUGAUCAGCAAGAGUCAGCUGACAUUGGCAAUGCUCGUACGCAUGUUGAUUAACACGAAAUUAUUCAACGUAUAUAGCGAAAAGUCUCUAGAUUAAAAAAAAAUUAAAUUGAUUAAUCUAAUAGAUGAAACCUCAAUAGGUUUCGGUUUGCCAAUCUUGCCUCAAGAGCAACGAAUACUAGUCACUAGCGAAAUUUGCACUUUACACUCUCAAGUACUUAUUCUAAUGGACGAGUUAUGAAAAUGCACGUGUCCGGUGAAUGUAAUGAAUCAAAAGAAUAAAUUAAAAAAAUCAAUUACUAUUAA